AUGGCCGAAUAUAGAAACCCACCCGCAAAAUUUACGUCAAAAGUAUGGCAGUACUUUGGUAUUGCUAUUAAGGAUGAAAAGAAAGCAGUGUGCAAAACUUGUCACAUGGAAAUGGCAUACACGGGAGGAACGACAAACCUAUCAAAUCAUAUGAAACGACACCAUGGAAUUGAUCCGUUGUCUAAAGGGGCUGUUAAAGAUCCUCCUACAACAGACCCUAAACCAAAGACAAGCAGCAGCACCAGUACGGCAGCAACUUCAACAUCUUCCACCAAUCCUUUCCUAAUGGCACAAAAAAUGAAACUACCCCAAUCAAGAAUAAAUAGAAUCACUGUUGGCAUAGCACGCUAUCUGAUAGAUGAUAUGCGACCUUUCAGCACAGUAGAGAGUAAAGCCUUCAGGAAUAUGGUGCAUGAGUGUGAGCCUCGCUACAAAUUUCCAUGUCGGACUACCUUUAGUGACAACGUGAUUCCGAGACUAUACGAGUCAGUGUCAGUCCGUGUCAAGGGUGAACUGCAAAGUGCAGAAGUAGUUGCCUGGACUACAGAUUCAUGGACAAGUCGCGCAACACAGUCAUAUGUAACCAUAACUGCAUACUUCAUAAAUCCUGAUAUGGAGCUUUGUUCUAGAGUGUUGCAAACAAGAGAGCUUCCAGAAUCACAUACCGGGGAGCAUGUUGGGAAUGUGUUGCAUCAAGCACAGCUGGAAUGGGCAUGUAAAGUAUGUGCCUUGACUACUGAUAAUGCCGCAAAUAUGAAAAUUGCUGCUCAAACUGCUCAGAUACCUAUCCAUAUUGGAUGUUUCGCUCAUACGCUUAACCUAGCGUCUGGAAGGGCUUUGGAUCUGAAAGAGGUUCACCAAGUACUGGCUAAGAUGAGAUCCAUUGUUUCUUUUAUGCAUAGAAGCACCACUGCAUCAGCUCUCCUAAAUAAAAAGCAAAAGAUGCUGCAACUCCCAGAGAAUAAAUUGGUCAUCGAUGUCAGAACCAGGUGGAACUCUAGCUACCUAAUGGUGGAAAGGUUCUUAGAGCAACAAGUAGCCAUUCUUGCAACACUCACUGAUGAUACCAUCAGAAAACAACAUGAAGCCAAGUUAAUUCAGGCAAACAGCAUAUUGGGUCCAAAUGAAGUACGCCAUUGUGAGGACUUCUUGAGUCUUAUGGAACCAUUGUAUCAAGCUACUGUGUCUCUUUCGGCUGAUCACUAUCCCACAGUUGGGCUGAUGUUACCGGUACUUAAGAAACUUAAAGGUGUAUACUCUCCAGAGGACAGUGACCCUCCCUUUAAGCAGAAAAUAAAGCAAGCUAUUCUCAAAGACUUGGAGAAAAGGUACUUGGGUGAAAAUUUGGUGGAGUAUCUUGAAGAGGCAAAUGUGCUAGAUCCAAGAGUGAAAGGAAAAGCUGCCCCUGCUGCAUGGGAAAGAUUUCGUGAUAAAUUGAUUGCCUUACCUGUGAAGCAGGAAUUGAUGCAUGUGAAAUCAGAGCCAGCUGAAUCAAGUGCAUCUGAUGAACCUGCCUUACCACAAUUACCUAAACCACAUGCCUCAAGUCAACCUGAGCUUCCAAAGGUCCCCGACUUACUACAGACAGGAGUUGCUACUGAGAUCAAGACAGAGACUCCUUCCCCUGCUAAGCAAAGAAAAAAGUCUGCCCUGAGCUUCCUUCUUGAUGAUGACGAAAUACAAAUUUCCAAGGUAGAGCCCCCUCUGUCAAAGCAAGAACUAGUCAACAAAGAAAUUUCAAUAUACAGAGAAGAGGCUAAAUUAGGGUCCAGAUCUAACCCCUUACAGUAUUGGAAGACGAAUGCACUAAAGUUUCCUUUCCUGUCAAGACUUGUGAAAUCUUAUUUGUGCACACAAGGAAGUUCUGUUGCUUCUGAAAGGGUCUUCUCUACUGCAGGUGAUAUUGUUACUGCAACAAGAUCAUGCCUGGAACCUGAACAUGUUGAUCAAUUAAUAUUUUUGAAGAAAAACUUUAACGAAGCCAAAGAUAUGGCUAUCAUUCUUCAUAACAUGUAA